AUGGCUACAUUUUACAACAUGUACCAGUCAGAAACAACAUCGAUUAUGGCCGUUUUCGUCGAGGCGGCAAUUACAGAAAUUAACAAACUUUGGCCAAACUCUUACGCUAACGUUAGCAAUCCGGAGAGAGAGGUGAGCUAAAGUUACGUCAAGAUACUGGUAAACUACGUUACGCUGUCUAGUUGCUAGCUAGUUUACCUAACGUCGGUUUUUAAGCACAUGAUGUAACUAUGCCUAAAUUAGCUAGCUAAGUUAGCUAGCGUCCUGUAAUUUGCUUCUCUAGCUGGCUAACAUUAGCUAGCUAGCUACUAACGUUAACUAGUUUGCUAACUUUAUUGGUCUCACGUCCUCUUUGCUGUAGCAGCAUAUAGCUAGCUAGCUAGCUAUUAAGGUAACAUUUUUCAAUUUCUCUACACAGCUUUGCACAAUUAUGAAUCUGAUGAUGGAGGAGGCUAUUCGUAAAAUCUGCCAACUAUUCCUAGUGGCUUCCUCGAGUUUACAAAAUGAGAACGUGAAACUGAAGACCAAGGUCGAGCAGAUGACCCAGUUGUUUGAAAACAAUACACAGCCUGGUAAAAGUAUGCUUAUUUUAACGCUCAUGUAAAAACAUUUUAUUGAAAUUGCCAUUAGGGUUGGGUCAGUGCAAUCCGGAAUCCUAACCAUUUAAAAUGUCAACUUCAUUGGGGUAGGGACGUCCCAAGGAACUGGAUUGCACGGACCACCAUAUAUAUUGGUAAAUGUAUUUUACUAACUAAAUUAGACUAGUGUCCUUUCCAGCUGGUCUAUUUGUACAUCAAGAUGCCUAAUGCAACAGAAACAGGACAUAUAUAGGCUCCGGCUCAAUGGGGCGUUCAGUAUGGAGCGAUUUCAGUGCCAACAGAAACUGUAUUUGAAUUCAAUAUUUUGAAUGUAAUGGACAAAUUGAAUCAUUCAUACAGUGAACUUGAUUUUCAUGAUUUAAAACUGAAAUGAAUUAAUACAAGACAACGUAUUUUUUAUUAAUGAAAUUAGUUUGGUAUAAUCCUCAAAUGUGUAAAACCUGCUUAAUUUAUAGUUUUGUGUGUAUAUACUCAUAUUCCUUUUAUCUUUAGGUCCUGCAAAGGUUUGCAGUAAACCCACAGAGACGUCUUCAUUGGAGAAUGACUCCUCUCUGGGAGACACAGAUGGACUGAAUACAGACCCCUCCCCAAGAGACACCGAAUCCAACGUUGAGCAUAUGAGAGCUGCUCUGCCAGAGGGCAACGAGAGAGACGGCCAUGAAAGCCAGAAAAACGGCAAUACUACUAGAGGGACACGAUCCAAAGAAACCAAACGCUUCAAGUGUGAUAUUUGUGAGAAGACCUUCAGCCGGAACAAACGGCUGGUACAACACAAGCUAACUCACACAAGACCCUUCAAGUGUGAUGUUUGUGAAAAGACCUUCAGCAUGGAAGGGUCACUGGAAGCUCACACGCUAACUCACACAAGACCCUUCAAGUGUGAUGUUUGUGACAAGGCCUUCAGCCGGAACCGCUUGCUGGUACGUCACAAGCUAAUUCACACAGGAGAGAGGCCAUUCGCUUGU